AUGACGGCGACAACAGCUACCGUCUCGCGGCCUUCCAGCUUCUUCUCCCAACGUUACAGCGACACAAUGAUUUCGCCACCACGCUCCAGAGAGCCUUCGCACACCCCAGCUUACUCGUCGGCCGCUUCCACCUCUUACGCAAGAUGCCCUGCAGCGCUUACUAUGUCAUUUUCGACGCCUUCGCCUCCUGCUCACAAGUCUGCUGAGCUCGGUAACAUCUCGCCUUUCCGCAGGGCCAGCCUCGGCGAUGCUCCCCUUGACGCUGCUUCGGCCACAGGCGUCAAGUAUGCCUGUGCUGCAUGCAUUCGGGGUCAUCGUACAUCGUCGUGUGCCCACAAGGACGGAUCCAAAGGUCCUCUCUAUCCCAUCCGCAGCAAAGGCAGGCCACCGACGCAGUGCGAAAUCUGUCGCAAGAAGCGCAAAGAGAGCGGACGUCAUGUCCGUUGCGACUGCUCAGGAAAGAAGGCUUCGUCCGCAGCCACAUCAACAGAGAAAGCAGCUGCCGUCACUCACAAGAGACCAACGCCGGCAAAGUCAAAUGUCCCUAUAUUGCCUCGCAUUGCGGACGAUGCAUCGUCUUCAGAGAGCACAGACGAUUCCGACGAUCAUCGUCCAUCCAAAAAGACGAAAGUGCAAGGCGCAGCCAUCUCGACACCCCUCGUGCGCGCAAUCAGCAACGAGGAGCCUUACCACAAAUUCCGCCCUCAGCCUCCUGCCCUCGACAACAUCCUGGCUCCCAUCCGUCCGCAUCGCGCCCCCACCUCUUGGAGCCUGCCCAGCAUCCACCCGCCACACAGCGCUCUGCGUAUCCAGCCCUCGUCAGAAUCCGAUCAAGACUCCGCAGCACGUCGCCACUCUACCCUCUCGCUCUCCAGCCUGAUGAACCCUUGCGGCUGUCGCAGCACGGGUGCGCGCACUUGCUGCUCGGAUCAACGACAGCGCGGCGCAUCCAUCUCCUCAAAGCAGUUGAAUGGUGCCCCUCAAGAUUGCGACCCGGCUCACUGCUCUUGCUCCAGUGACUCGUGCCGACAACAAAUGCGGGUUGCGAAUGCGGUUGCAGGUCCCUCGCAGGUCGCGACGAGCAGCGGCUGCUCUGGCAAGGGUGCCUCUGCAUCUGCGGCACCGAGCAUCGAGCUGCUACUGAGGGCUGUCGACAUGUCAACCGAGUUUGUGCCUCCUCCAUGCGCAUGCAGCGAGAACUGUGGUUGCGCACGAUGCCUCGCAAAACAAGAUGCCACCUCAGCCCCCGUUUCAAUGGCACAGCCACGGCCGACUUCGAAUCGAGCCUCGAGCACCAGGACGACGUCUUCGGCUAGCCCGAGAACGCCUCCAGCAACUUUGGACGCGCCCGGCUGUGACGACUGCGCGGCGUGCGACCUGGCUCUCGAGCGGCCUUCGGGUAUCGGUGCGGUUGAUAGCUGGAUGGAGAAGCAGCGCGACUUGGACCGCCGACCCACCAGCCUUCCUUCGCCGCAGAGGCGCCGUUCAUCGUCCGCGGAGAGCAGGGCCAGCCGCCGAAGCUCGCAAGCUGACCUGCCGUUGUUGUUGAGCCAACAAGCCGUUCCGACCUCAUCCGUGCCGACAAUGCAUGGCGGAUUCGUAACGUCAGGACCCGAGACACACGAGGAGGUGCGUGCCGAGCUCGUGCUGGUGCAUCCCAAGUGCGCUGCUUGUCUUGAGAUUGUUCGCAGCAAGGGUGUCGGCGUUCUCAGUAGCGUUAAGUGA